AUGGUUCUUGAUGGGAUUGUAUCUUCACCAUUAAGGAGACAAGCUCUAAAGAAGCAAUGGGAAGAGUUAGGUAGCUGCUCGACGGUUAUUCAGAGGCAUCGAUAUCUCUUAACCGCAUUGGCUCUUUUGGCAUUCCUCUGCACUGUUUAUCUAUACUUUGCAGUCACUUUAGGCGAUAGGCAUUCGUCGUGCUAUGGUUUGGCCGGGAAAGACAAGGCAAUGUGUCAAUUAAGAGUUGUCCAGGUUAUCUCCAAAGGGAAACUGAAAUUCUUCUAA